GGUUAUAUAUACGCCGUACACUAAUAUACUGGACAGCAAAUCGCAUGGUGUAUUUGUUUCUAUAUCGUGCUGUAAGUAUCUUUGUUUUAUGUACUAAGAACAUUUUAAUUACCAACGAAAAUUUAUACAAGUAAUAAUAAUAAUAAAGAAUAUUAAUAAACAACGCGCGAUUAUUGUGCAUUAUCAUGCUCAUGAAAGAGGAUACUGUCAGCACUGGAGACAAACUAAAAAAAAAAACCAAAACAAAACAAAACAGAAAGAAACAAACAAACAUGGAAAGCACACUACGAAACCGAUGGAUGAGCAUCAGUAUUGACAAACAUAUAAAAUCAUAAAAUAAGUAAGAAGAAAUGAGGACCUAAAGGUAGAGAUUAAGAGCUACUCACAUUAGUAUGCUAGGGGAGACAAGCAGGACAUACUAGUCAUUGAAAGUCGAAGGAAAGAGAGAAAGUAUUAGUAGAGAUGUUAAGAGUAAUGCUCAUAGAAGAGAUGUGCUUUAAAUGCACUUUAAGAAGAUUUCGUGCUGAUAUUUCAUGACCCAUCUAGAAGUGGAGUUUUACUGUUUCGCUUCCCAGUAAUUAAACUGCCAGUAAUAAUAACUGAUUGUUUGAGUUACAAGGGUGGCUUGCAUACGUUAGUCACUAGAACUUUGAAUUGUCUCCAAAAGAGUCCUUCGUGCAGCAAGAAAGUGGAUUAUGUGCCUUUUGGUUAAAAGAAUGUGGAUAGUUGUGAAAGUGCGUUGACUUUCAGUACCUGACAUUGUAAGUGAUAUGUUAAUGUUCAUCAGUUGUUUGAACUGUAAAAGUAAUAAGUUACAUCACUUUGGGAACAGCCUAUACUUUGUUUCUUGAAAUUUUUUGUUGCCUUUGUGUACGUUAAGCUGUAAGUUUAGUUUAGUUUACUGUGCUGUGUAUUUUUAAUGCAGACAAAGGCACGCGUGUACACAAAGAAGUAUGCGAGGACAUGACACCCCAGUCAAACAUACAAAGAUAGAGACAAACACGACGACAAAGAUAUUCCUAGAAAACAGAAACCAUUGUUCACAAUUAUUUGUAUUUUUCUUAUCUUUAGAAGUUUUACGUAACAUCGCAUUUUAACCUCUGCACCUGGGACAACAAACAAACAUGACGAUGUUCGUGCUUUUGCAGCUUUUCUUCUUGUAAUCACAUGUGUCGAUGCACAGUCUCAUGUCCGGCUUGUAAAUGGAACUGACCAUUGGAAUGGCCGCCUUGAGAUGUUGUACGAUGGAACAUGGAGCACAGUGUGUGUCUUUGGGUUUAGGAAACAAGAGGCGCAGGUGACCUGCAGGAUGCUGGGCUUCAACACGUCGCAAGUUUUCGCCGUGUCAACAGAUAGGUACGGAUAUGGUUUGGACUAUAAAAUGUUACACCUGAAGUGUAAAGGUGAGGAGACUAGCUUACAACAAUGUAGCCAUACACGGUUUUACACGGACUUCUGCCACAAUGUCGUUGGUAUCACCUGCAACACAGAACACGCACGACUGCGUUUGAGGGAUACUCAGAACAUGGGACCUGACAGAGGUCAGGCACAGAUAGACAUCGGGGAUGGUGAUUGGGAGACAGUGUGCGUGACGUCUGACGUCACUGCCGGGGUCGUCUGUAGACAGCUCGGCUUACCAUGGCAAGCGGCGAUUUUGAGAGAAAUACCUGUGGAGACUUCCUAUGAAUUCAACCGACUGCUUCUAACAGUAACCAGCUUUAUAUUUUGCCUGGGGAAUGAGACAAACAUUUUUGAGUGUCAGCAUGGGUUGCCUCGUUACGGAGACUGCCGGGACUACAAAAUUAUUUGCAGGAACUUUUCUGUCAACAUCCAUACAAACAGUAGCAGAUAUCCUUUGAUGGAGGAAACCAAUGCUACUUUAAAGUGGAGAUGUUAG